AAAUGUGCUGCAAAAAUCUGUAGUCAGCUACAACUGCGAUACCUUCUCACACACUCAACAUCACCUCCAGCAGCCAGAGUGUGUGUUGAGCACAGGCAGAGAGCUACAGCGGUUAGAGUGUGAUGAUAGCCUGUUUGAUCACAGGAGUGCCACACUAAUUUCUGUGCAGCUCGUACCAGCUCGGUUCAGCCUGUUCCUACCCACAGCCUUGAUCUUGACCAUACCAGCCAUUGCUAUGAAUGUCAUCUCCUCCCUCACCUCCUCCUCCUCCUGCCCCCACUUGUACUACUCACCCAGUUACCCCAGCAAUGCCACCGUAUCACACGCUACCACUAUGGCCAGUGGGAUAAGCCAUGUGAUUCUGCGGCAUUACAACCACACUGGCCGCCUGCAGAACAGGACCAUCUCAAACACACAAAACCAGAUCACUAUCCCCAUAGCCGUCUUCCUCUUCGUCAGCAUUUUCAUCAUCCUGGAGAAUCUCCUGGUGCUGAUUGCUGUCAUCUCCCGCAUAUGCUACAGCCGACGCUGGGUUUAUGUCUGUAUUGCCAACAUCACACUCAGUGAUCUCCUCACAGGUGCUGCCUACCUGGUCAACAUCUGUCUGUCUGGCAACCAGACUUUCCGCCUCACCCCUGCUCUGUGGCUCUUCAGGGAAGGGAUGCUCUUUGUGGCUCUGGCAGCAUCCAUAUUCAGUUUGCUGCUGAUUGCUGUGGAGCGUUACACCACGAUGAUGAAGCCACUGCCCCAGAAAUCAGCUAGGAAGACCUACUAUAGGAUCUAUUUCUUGGUGGCACUCUGCUGGGUUUUGGCACUAGUGAUUGGCUUCCUGCCCUUGCUGGGCUGGAACUGUGUGUGCAGCCUGGACAAAUGCUCCACCCUCCUCCCUCUCUACUCCAAGACCUACAUCUUUUUCUCUCUCAUCAUCUUCUUUGUCAUCCUCCUGGCCAUUGGUGUGCUCUAUGGUGCCAUCUACUGCCACGUACACAGGAGUGCACAGCUGGGUCCCCACCGCAGUCGCAAGCGCUCUUUGGCUCUGCUUAAAACUGUGAUCACCAUUGUUGGAGUCUUCAUGCUGUGCUGGGGGCCACUGUUCGUGCUGUUGCUGGUGGAUUUCUUCUGUGUCUCCCGCCAGUGUGGACUGCUGUUCAGUGCUGACUAUUUCAUCUCCCUGGCUGUCUUGAACUCCGGCCUGAACCCCAUCAUCUAUGCCCUGGGCAGCAGUGAGAUGAGGAAGGCUAUUGCUGAGCUGCUGUGCUGCUGUUGCCUGAAUGUUGGCCUCUGUCACCCAGACACAUUCACAUCCAAGGAUACCAGCAGCACCUCAGAGAGCAGGAGGGACAGUCUGAGGAACAGCUUUAACAAAGUCAGAAAUCUGAGCGUGGCCUCCCCACCAUCGACCCCAAGCAAGUCUCGCAGGGCACCCAAAAAAUGCAGGCUCAGCUCCACCACCAGCUGCCUGUCAGUUUCAAGUGGUUAAACCACAAUGUUCUCCCCUCCCAAGCAAACAAGACCUGUGUGCACUGAUACACAUCUAACCGUUUCCUCUAAGUUUUGGUAUGAAUGUUUACUGUUUUUCGAGCAGGUACUUGCACUGAUUGUUAUGCAGGUCAAGAAAUCUGAUAAAAAUAUGCAAUUUUUUCUCAAAUAGCAAGAGUUUAUGUAUUACCAGACAUUCAUUUUCUCCAUGCAUUUUACUCAGUUACUGCAUUGAGCCAGUGUUGCACUAUACUCAUUUACUUUUGCCAGGAUAUAUACUGUAUAUUUUUUUAUAGAUUUUAAGGCAGAUUAUUUACAAAAAUAAUGAUAUAUACGUAAAUGUGAACAUAUGUAUUGUGCAGAAUGUGAAAAUAUGUAUAAAUAUGUAUUGCAUUGUAUUUUAUAACAUUUUGUACUGAUCCUGAUGUUUCAUUUUAUAUGGAAAUAUGAAUAAAGUUUAUUUUGCUUUA